AUGUACCUAAGAGUGGACAUCCAAGAAUAUCAAAAGUCAUUCCGAGGCAAUAUGGUGACCCGUUUGCGCUCGCCCGCCUUCGCCCCCUCCGUCAUCGCCCCCUCCGCCAUCGCCCCCUCCGUCAUCGCCCCCUCCGUCAUCGCCCCCUCCGUCAUCGCCCCCUCCGCCAUCGCCCCCUCCGUCAUCGCCCCCUCCGUCAUCGCCCCCUCCGUCAUCGCCCCCUCCGUCAUCGCCCCCUCCGUCAUCGCCCCCUCCGUCAUCGCCCCCUCCGUCAUCGCCCCCUCCGUCAUCGCCCCCUCCGUCAUCGCCCCCUCCGCCAUCGCCCCCUCCGCCAUCGCCCCCUCCGUCAUCGCCCCCUCCGCCAUCGCCCCCUCCGCCAUCGCCCCCUCCGCCAUCGCCCCCUCCGUCAUCGCCCCCUCCGUCAUCGCCCCCUCCGCCAUCGCCCCCUCCGCCAUCGCCCCCUCCGUCAUCGCCCCCUCCGUCAUCGCCCCCUCCGCCAUCGCCCCCUCCGUCAUCGCCCCCUCCGUCAUCGCCCCCUCCGUCAUCGCCCCCUCCGCCAUCGCCCCCUCCGCCAUCGCCCCCUCCGCCAUCGCCCCCUCCGCCAUCGCCCCCUCCGUCAUCGCCCCCUCCGUCAUCGCCCCCUCCGUCAUCGCCCCCUCCGCCAUCGCCCCCUCCGUCAUCGCCCCCUCCGUCAUCGCCCCCUCCGCCAUCGCCCCCUCCGUCAUCGCCCCCUCCGUCAUCGCCCCCUCCGCCAUCGCCCCCUCCGUCAUCGCCCCCUCCGUCAUCGCCCCCUCCGUCAUCGCCCCCUCCGCCAUCGCCCCCUCCGUCAUCGCCCCCUCCGUCAUCGCCCCCUCCGUCAUCGCCCCCUCCGCCAUCGCCCCCUCCGUCAUCGCCCCCUCCGUCAUCGCCCCCUCCGUCAUCGCCCCCUCCGCCAUCGCCCCCUCCGCCAUCGCCCCCUCCGUCAUCGCCCCCUCCGCCAUCGCCCCCUCCGUCAUCGCCCCCUCCGCCAUCGCCCCCUUCGCCAUCGCCCCCUCCGUCAUCGCCCCCUCCGUCAUCGCCCCCUCCGACCCGAGAUGCAAGACCCGAUACCAAACGUCCACUUCCUGUCUAAAGAUCAGCGGAGCAGGUGCAAGGCAGGUGCAAUACGUAUUUAUGAUGUAG